GGUUAGGGCAUUUUGCUCUGUGCUCACAUCGACCAGUCUGCUCGUUACUUAAGGCUCGGGGUCGUCGGAGGAUAAUUGCACUAGUCCUACAAAAGUGAUACUCCGUUGGUUGCUGGCUACUAUCAUCAAUGCUACCCUGAUCUCUCAAUGUUUUUCUCACCAAACAUGGAAAACUGAGUCUCGCUUAACCAGUGCCGACAACUCUGCCGCAAUCGUACCUGGGCGCUCUCCCAGAUGUCUUGGCCUCGGAGGCGUGGUCUAGUUUUGGUUUCUUCCCAUCAACUCCCCUGCACAGAACAUCUUGCUCUGGGCAGCCACCCCGCUGCCUCCUGGUCUGCACCUGCUGAAUUGACGACUGGAUUAGCCUUACAAAUGUACUUCUCGACAUGCUGUAUACUUUUCUCUUCUCUUGCCCUUUUACCUCGGAUACGUGGAGCUCUGGUGAACGUGACAAUCGAUGACCAGUUUGGUGAUCCAACGACUGGGCAAGUUAUUCAAUACAAUCCUCCCGAGGCAUGGAACCCAGGACAGACCUGUAGUGGAUGUACUGCCAAACCCGCUCCUGCAAGCAACGCCCAUAAUGGUACGUGGACGGAUGCGACGUUCUUUCCAGCUGGAACUGGGAUAGGCACGACCAAUGUAUCUGGCCAAAUUAUAUCGGCUUCGGUACCUUUUGUAGGGACUGCUGUUUACGUGUCAGUUAUCUUGACUGGGUCAAUAACCUCUCCCGAUGGCCGUUCCGAUUUCACCUUCCUUAUCGACAAUGCCACCGCAGGAGUCUUCCAGAAGGAACCAAAUGGCGAUUCUUCUUACCAGUUCAAUCAGAUUGUAUUUUCCCAGACGGGUCUUGAAAAUCAGUUGCAUACGAUAACAAUCCAGUCCGGAAAUGGUGGGAAGAAGUCAAUCGUCCUGCUGGAUUCUAUCAUCUACACUAAGAAGAACGCUUCCGGGACUGACAGCAACCAGUCCCCAAGUGCUACCCAAACUCCGGACAGCUCGUCUACUGGUUCGAAAUCAUCGAAUGUUGGUGUAAUAGUAGGACCUGUUGUGGGCGGAGUCAUCGUCGGCGGUGCAAUCAUUGCGCUCAUUUUCUUCCUACGUCGACGACGACGACAACAACAACAACAGGGGCAGAACGUUCGUGUUCUGAUCGACUCACCCCCAACGCCUGCGAUGCGUCGCGAUCCUGCUGGCACUGGGUUCCACAACGCGAUGUCGCAUGUCGAGCCAUUCGUUACGAGUGGCUCGCAGACACCGUACAAGCACAACAAUGGCAGUUAUGUUAUCGCAGGGCCUGAAUACGGAGGUACAGCAGUUACGGGCACCCAUAUCCAACGUGGUCAUAGCCCACCAACGCAUCCAGGCUCGUCUGAAGGCGGCGAGUCGAUACACCUAGUGGCACAGCCCCGGACAGGCGCAUCAGCGUACGGCGAUGUAGACGAGUCGGCCAUUGACUCAACAACACCGCUCGCAUCGCCUCCAGCAUACAGCGAAGUUGCCACCAGUGGAUCCUCUGCUGUCUCGAGGCUACCAAACCCGUAUGGGAAGGGUAAUCGAGUAUCAAAUGCAUAGCGAUAAAAUGUCUCUCCCUUUUUCCCCUCCACUUUGUCUGCUCUGUAUAUUUCUUAUCUCUUGGUUAUUAUGGGUUUUUCAUGCCUUUCUUUCAUCUCCGACAUACCCGCUUGCAUGUAUAUGACGAACGCGCUACCGCACAACUCAGAUGUCGAACUAUAUAUAAUACGGAC